AAAAUUUCCCUAAAAUAAACUAAUCGUAAUUCUAAUAGAAGAAGGAUUUUGACCAUCGUACUUAAUUCCUUCAUCACAGCCACCGACCACCCUCCCUCCGGUUUUCUUCUCCGGCAAAAACCACGCAGUAGACCCACAAGCAAGCGACGCAAAACCACCCCGACGGAGGCUAGCGCUACAGGUUUCUUGAACUGUGGACGACUGUACAGUGACGACGAAACAUUUGAUUGAACCUGCAAUCUCCUACUUCGAACGGUUCAAUUGAAGAAGUGUUUUCUCUUCGUUUGAGACUCCGGCGAGAACAAUCAGAUUGUUCAAUACUUCUGCGACAACUGUGGAGUCUUUAAUCAACGUUUUGUUUUUUACUUUGGAGUAGGCUCUCAGUUGUUACCCACGCUCUGAUUGGCCUGAAAUCAGAUUACCUUGGUCGUUUCCGAACACCAAGUAACAAGGUUCAGAGCCUUUUUGAGGUGUAUUGUCUCCAUAGUAGAAACUGAGAAUGGGGAAGCUGAAAGACAACACUAUCUCAGGGUUCUUACCUACUGCCCAGAAUUUUGCAGUUCACUAUCCUAGUUAUCCUUCGUCCAAGCAUCAGGCAAUUGAAAGUCUAGGAGGAACACAAUCAAUUCUCAAGGUUCGUGGUCUCCAAUCAAAUAAAUUAGAGCUUCGCUUUAGACCUGCAGAUCCAUAUUCACAUCCAACAUAUGGGGAGCUUCGUCCAUGCAGUGGUUUUCUUUUGAAAAUAUGCCAUUCAAAAAGUGAUACUAACGAGGGAAUCAUGAAAGUUGAAGAAGUACCCGGAGAAGAUGAAGUAAACCUUGAUUUUGAGAUGGUUGCUCGUGUGCCUGAAGCAUAUCAUUUUGAGGGCAUGGUUGACUACCAACACGUCGUUGCUGUUCAUGCUGAUGCUACCCAAAGAAAGAAGGGGAAUUGGGCAGAAAUGCACGAGCCACGUUUAGGGAAGAGUAAUGCCAUUGAUGUGGACAAGGAGGAUACUAUGAUUUUAGUUCCUCCACUAUUUUCAAUUAAGGAUGUGCCAGAAAAUUUAGUGUUAAAAACACCUGCUAUAUAUAUUCCAAGAAAGAAAUCAGAAACUGUACAAAAUCCUUGCGAAGUAAUUUGCGAGGUGGAUAUAGAACCUGUUCUUGCAAUUGAUUUUAAUAUUAAAGAUAUUCCAAAAACUGUGAUAUGGGAGAAGUACGUACCCCAAGGCUCAGAUGAAUGGGAUUAUCAGGUUGCUGUGUCUAAGUUGUUUGAGGAACGUCCAAUAUGGCCAAAGGAUUCUCUAGUUCAACGAAUGCUUGAUAUGGGCCUAGCUUUUAGCCAUGGAGUGCUUAGAAGGCUUCUUUCUAGGAUUGCAUAUUACUUUUCUAGUGGACCUUUCCAAAGAUUUUGGAUAAAAAAAGGUUACGAUCCUCGAAAAGAUCGCAAUUCUAAAAUAUACCAACGAAUUGAUUUUCGAGUUCCCGUGUCAUUACGAAGUUAUUGCAAUUCCAAUGCUUCUAACGAGUUGUGUUACGGACAUGCAGGGAUAAGUGCAUUUCAAGUUUUUCCUCGCAAGUUCCAAACAUCAUUGCAACUUUUUGAACUUCAAGAUGAGUAUAUUCAAGAAGAGAUAAGAAAACCCUCCGAGGAAGCAUUGUGUUCGUAUGAAUCUGGAUGGUUUUCUCUGCGUAUCCUAAAUUGCAUCCGACAACGAAUCAUGAUGAGGUUUUUAUCAGUGUUCCCAACAGCAGGUGCAGAAGCUUUACUCACAGCAGCCUCUGAAAGCUUUGAAAAAUUGAAGAGGGGGGAUAGAAAAGACUGCUCAAAGGUUGACCAGGAAGAGGAACAUGAAGCGAAUGCAGCAGUUGCGAACCAUGAUGACAAACUGGAUGCUAGUUACGCCGAAGAAGAUGAAGAAGACGGCAUAGGUGUUGAGAGUGGCAAUGAGGCAUUAGAUGCAUAUGACGAUUUCAAUAUGGUUGGUGACGAUGAUGAGUUUUCUCUGCACUCACAUUCAUAUUUAGGCAUGGAGGAUGUUUCAAGAACACAUUUACAAGAAUUGUUUGGUAGCUUUCCGUCGUUGGAUGAAGAUGGGGAGAAGAUGAUGGACGAUGGAGAUGGCAGUGACGAAGAGUAUCAAAUUUAUGAGCAAGAUACUGAUAUGGACUCUGACGAGGAUGAUGAAUAAAUAAUACCUUAUCGUUUUUUCUUUCAUAAUCUUGUCAGUUAAUUUAUUUGUACUUAACUGAUUUUGUUAUUUUGUAAUUAUAAUAUAAAUCUUUUAGUUUAUGUUGGGAGUGUACAUAUAGUCGUGGGAAUGGCAGUAGAACUUCUUGACAUGUACUUAA